AUGUUGUCGAGACAUGGAGAGCGAUACCCGACGAAAAAUGCAGGUGCGCGACAUCUACAACUGCUAAGUCGCCUGCACGACCCUGAUAUUACCUUGGACGGUCCUUUAUCCUUUUUGGAAUCGUGGAAAUAUUUCACAGAUCCGAGUGAUCCUGCUUUUGAGAACCUCACCGCCAGUGGCCCUUAUGCUGGAACUCUACAGGCACAUAACACGGGAAACUUAUUUCGCCAACGAUACGACCACUUGAUCCCAACGAACCGACGCACAAAGUUCUGGUCUUGUGGCUCUGAACGAGACAUAGAGACCGCUCGAAACUUUGCUGAUGGGUUUUUUGGUCCCGAAUGGGCUUCUCAAAAUGCCGCUGAGCUCGAAAUCAUCCCCGAAACCGAGGACCGAGCUGGCGAUACCCUGACACCUGGAGACACGUGUUGGAGAUACAUUCGAGAUACAACCAGGGGCCACGACGCCGGAUACGCAAUGCUUGCGCAAUGGCAAUCUAGGUUUACAAAGCCAAUCGCAGAAAGAUUGGCCAAACAUGCAAGCGGCCUGGAAUUUUCCAUGUACGACGUUUACAGUAUGAUGGAGAUGUGUGGGUUUGAGAUUCUGGCGAGGGGUUCGAGCCCAUGGUGUGAGGUUUUUUCGCAUCAAGAAUGGCUGGACUUUGAAUAUGCUCGAGACGUCUUGCACUUCUACAGAGCAGGACCAGGGAACGACUACGCUGGAGCUAUGGGAUGGCUUUGGUUGAACGCAACAAGAGGACUCUUGAUGAAUGAGUCAUCCGAGGAUGCGUAUUUCAGUUUCGUCCAUGACGGCGAUAUCGUGCCAGUUUUGGCUACGUUGCAACUUCUGAAUGAGCCGCUGGUGGAGCAAGAACUGCCAACCGACCAUGUUAAGACUGAUCGGCACUGGAGGACAAGCGACGUGGUCCCAAUGGGAGGGCGACUAGUUUUGGAACGGAUCGUCUGUGAAACCAUAGACGACAGGAAAAUUCGGUUUGUGCGACUUGUUCUUAAUGACGGAUUUGUGAGACCACCUGGAUUACCACCGGCCGAAGAAAUCGAGCAUGCGGUUGAACUGGAUUACUUCCAAGACUUUAUUGGAUCGCGAAGGGAAGUGUUUGGGGAUUUCAGGUCGGUAUGCUCGUUGACCGAGGAUGCACCAGAUCGAAUUACAUUUCUGCAUCAAUAG